CCGUGUUAUACGACCUUGUGCAUUCCGAAGAUCAUCAUCCCACAGACGUUCGAUUUCUACCCUCGGCGGCGAUACAAAUUUCACUGGAGUUCUCUAUUCCAUCAUCGAACCCAGGAUUUUCAAUAUUUUUCAUUCUCUCUCUCUCGGGUCCUGCGAUGGCGUUCUCCGCAUCAUUGCAUUUACCUUCGUUUUCUCAUCUUCUGAAGAAUUCCUCUUCAAUCCCCCAUACUCAAGGUCCGUCUUCAGUCUCUUUCCGAUUGUCACCUGUGAAUCAAAUCAUCCGGAAGAGGCCUUUGUCUAUUCGAGUCCGAGCUUCAAUUGAAGCACCAUCAACCUCUGAGGCUAUUGCGCCAAUAAUUAGUCUGACUGAUAGUGCUCUGAAUCACUUGAGUAAGAUGAAGAAUGAACGAAGUGAAGAGUUAUGUUUAAGAGUUGGUGUCAAACAGGGUGGAUGCUCUGGUUUGUCUUACACCAUGGAGUUUGAGAGUCUAGAUAACAAGAGGCCAGAUGAUUCUAUUACCGUAUACAAUGGUUUUGCUAUUGUUUGUGAUCCAAAGAGCCUCCUCUACCUAUUCGGGAUGCAAUUGGACUACAGUGAUGCACUUAUUGGAGGAGGUUUCUCGUUCAAAAAUCCAAAUGCGACACAAACCUGUGGUUGUGGUAAAUCAUUUGCUGCUGAAAUGUGAAGUUAUAUGUAAGUUUUCUUUGUAUUUAAUAUAGGCAGCACAAACUUCUAGUACAUAUUUGCAAAAACAAUAAUAAAUAUUUGUAGCCUCGCAGAUUAAUCAGUUGCCUUCGGCUCUUUUUAUGUUGAAUAGAUGGAUAAUUGCACUA